AAAAUGGCGGAUAUCGAAAUGGAUACGACUGGGCAUGAAAUCCGUCCAGAUGAGGUUGUAAUAAGUGAUGACUCUACCUCAAGUGAUGAAAAACCAGCUGAGACAAAGAAAGAUAAGAAAAAGCACAAGCACAAACACAAGCACAAGCACAAGCAUUGCAGCGACAAGCAUGAGAAGCAUAAGCGUAAACACAAGAAGAAAAAACGGAGAAGUGAAAAGACCAACCUGGACAUGGUCAUGGAAGAGAAGAAAACAGACAGUAAGAAAACUAUCAGCCUCGACGAGAAUGACCUGGAGAAACUGGAAGCAGCUCGUGACGCUUUGAAAGCCCAGCUGAGUCAUGACGGGGAUGCCACAGCAAUGUCACUCAUUGCCCAGGGUUACGGGAGCGACUCACAGGAAGAGGGUGAGCUCGAGGAGGAGAAAGAGGAGCCCAAAGUGGUAUGUAUCCCUGAUGAUGAGGAAGAUGAUGACAUUCAAAUCAUCGAUGUUCAAGAAGCUCCACAGAACAUGAAGUCUGUGAUGAAAGAAAGAAAGUUCAGGGAAACUCCUCCAAAACCCAGUAAGUCUGCAGACCGUCGCAUUAAAGACUCUAGGAGAAGGGAACGGGAAAGUGAAAGGGAACGACCUGAGGGUCGAUAUAGAGACAAAUCUUUUAAGGACAAAACAAGGGGAGAUAACUCUCCAAGACACAGGAAACAUUCCAUGAGUCGGUCACCCCUUCAUGACCAAGGUGCAAAUUCCCGAAAUGGUCAAGAAAUCCGCGAGCGAGAGCGCAGGAAGAUGAGAGAGAGACCACCUUCUCGCACAGAUUUAGACUCCAGGUCAUCAAGACACCAUUCCCAUGGGAAGGGCUAUGCCAUGUCAAAAACACCUCCUACAUGCCAAAUGACACCAAAGACCAACUCCUUCCUUUCUUCUCCCCGCCCCCUAGACACAGAUCUCCCUUCAGGCCAUAUGACCGAAAUGACCGACCCUGCGCACAGGAGUAGGUCACCCAUGUCUCACCGAUCACCAUUGUCCCGCAGAAGUCGAUCUCCAAACAGGGCAGACUAUCGCAGAGACGGCUAUGGGGAUGAAAGGUUUGGGUCCCAGAGGGGGGCAGAGACGGUAGGAGGAUGGCAAUCAGACAAUUACAGGUUACAUAAAGUUGGCAGUGAAACCACUCAUGCUCCAGUAUACCUUUACUUACCUGUUCUGCUUAUGCUAUCUCCAGGAUGGCGGUCAGACGAUUAUAGGAGGCACCGAAGGAGCAGAUCUAAUGAUCGUUAUGGGCGGCGUCGGGAUGAUCGAGACAGGAAGUCAGGGGGCAAGGCCGAAGACAAGUUCAAAGGCAGUUUGUCAGAGGGUCAAGCCCUCAGUAAAGAGCAAGAGUCUUCAGAUGAGGAAAUUUUGGACAUUGACCCUGAUGAAGAUGAGGAUGAGGAUGCCAUUAUUCAGAGACGAAGACGAGAGAGAGAGGCCUUGUUACAGCGGUUGAAGGAGCAGGAAUAUCAAGCCAGUGAGGAUAGUCGGAUGACAGCAGAAAAUCCCUCUGACGUGGAGAGUGAGAAACAAGGUUCCAGAGGGGUGGAUCAGGCAGACAGGCAGAGAGGCGGUAGAGGGGGAUCAUCAGAGAAGAGGAGGAACAAGAGGUCAAGAGCAACGUCUGAGGAAGACUCGGGGUCUGACAGUGAUUCUGAUAGCAGCAAUGAUAGUGAUGGGAUGGCAGACCAGGCGGCUGAAGAGCUCCGGAGAGAUCAGCAACAACCAGAUAACUUUGAGGAGUCCUUGAAGAUGAAACGACAGCUGAGUCAUCAGAAUACAGAGAGUAACCAGAAUGCCGGGAAAGCUGAAACGGAUUCAAAGAAAAAGGCAAAUGGAAUAGAAAUGUAUCCCAACUCUGAUAUGUUUGGAGAGAACUACAGUGAAAGUCCUGGGUGGAACAGACUUCGCUCGACAGCUCAUGAAAACCCGAACCUGCUAGACAACUGGGAUGACGCAGAGGGCUACUAUAGAGUGCGUAUUGGCGAGACGUUGGAUAAGCGUUACAGUGUGUAUGGUUACACAGGACAGGGUGUGUUCAGUAAUGUGGUACGGGCACGGGACGCAGCACGAGGCAGCAGCGAUGUCGCCAUUAAGAUCAUAAGGAAUAAUGAAAUGAUGCACAAGACUGGUCUUAAAGAAUUGGAGUUUCUCCGCAAGCUGAAUGAUGCGGACCCUGAUGAUAAAUUCCAUUGCUUGCGGCUAUUCCGUAACUUUUUCCACAAAAACCACCUGUGUCUUGUAUUUGAGAGUCUCAGUAUGAACUUACGAGAAGUGCUGAAGAAGUAUGGUAAGGACAUAGGCCUACAUGUGAAGGCUGUCAGGUCGUACAGUCAGCAGCUCCUUCUGGCACUCAAGCUGCUAAAGCGAUGCAGUAUACUUCACGGCGACAUCAAACCUGACAAUAUUCUGGUCAACGAUAGUAAACUGGUCCUGAAAUUGUGUGAUUUUGGCUCGGCGUCUCACGUAUCUGAGAAUGACAUCACGCCUUACUUGGUCAGCCGCUUCUACAGAGCCCCAGAGAUUAUCAUCGGGAUGGGUUAUGAUCAUGCAAUAGACACCUGGUCAGUGGGUUGUACUAUUUAUGAGCUUUACACUGGCAAGAUUCUCUUUCCUGGAUCUUCAAACAACGAAAUGCUCAAGUUUAUGAUGGACGUGAAGGGAAAGAUGCCCAACAAAAUGAUCCGUAAGGGGAUGUUCAAGGAUCAGCAUUUUGAUACCAAUUACAACUUUCUCUAUCACGAAGUAGACAAGGUCACCCACAGGGAGAAGGUGACAGUUUUGGGCACGAUCAACCCAAACAAGGAUUUGUUGUCCGAGUUGGUGGGUUAUCAGCGUUUACCAGAUGACCAAGUGAAGAAAGUCAACCAGUUGAAGGACUUGAUGGAAAAAAUCUUAAUGCUUGACCCUGCCAAGAGAAUCAGUAUAAACCAUGCUCUGACUCAUCCCUUCAUACAAGAGAAAAUAUAGGAGAGUGGGUGCAGUCUAGAGGGAGAUAACUCUCAUAUUUGAAGUCCAAACAAAUCAGGCAUGCGCAUUCAAAGGAGACUGCUGCUCUAUCAUCUGGUGCUUUGUUUUCAUCGUCCAUCAGAUUGAUCAUGUGACAGUAGAGUUUGCUCGUUAGUGUAGCAGCAUCUUUGACUGAAUAUUCAGUUUUGGUUUUUCAAACUUAUUUCAUAAAUGUUGCAUAUAAUCUUGUAUCAGUUGUCCCAUCAUGAAAUGUACUUUGGAUAAAUUAUUUAGCUUCAUAACAUAUUGAUUUCUGCAUAGGAAUGUAUUUUGCUUGAUUUCUCAGCAUAGGAAGUAAUUAUACUUGGGUGUCAGAGCUUAUCUCAAAGUGCUGUUUAUUAUAUUAACAUUUCACAAAGGUAACUCCUGAGGGAUCUAAUGUGAAAAGUCUUAUUCUGCAAACAUUGGCAUAUUGUUCAUUUGCAAAAAGGAACCCCCAAAUUUCCAAACAGCCGAGACCUUAAAGUGGAUUACUUCUCUAUCUCUAUCAGAUGCUAAGACUGUUAACAGUGUGAAGACGUAAUAUACAGACUGAAUUGUACAUGUGUAGCGUAAAAAAGAAGUUCAGGUGAUAUAUGUCUGGUAACAAUAGUAUUUUGUUUUAAAUAGUGAUGAACAGAAGAAUCUUACCUGUUGCCUUAACAGGUGUGUGACACAUCCAGAAAUAUUAUUCUGCUUUCAUCCUUUGUAAAUAGUUCAUCAGAUGAUGCUACCGCCUCUUUGGUGAUCUGCGUUUUUUGUUUAUAGUCCAUCAAAUGUAAGAGUGUGAUUUAUGCUGACUUCAUCCAAUUUUUUCAGUCUUUGGCUCGACUAUGUGCCUAGUGAUCGUGUGCCGAGGUCAUGUAGAGCGCCCCCUAGUGAACAGAAGGUGUAGCGAGCCAAGUCGUAAGUCCAUGGGCUAAGAGUUUUCUUAUUUUCUUGUUUUCAUUUGCCAUCAUAAAUUUCCUCGCUGCUACUGCUGUUGUUGUAUUAGAAGUGACUGAGCACCUCAGUUGACAUGAUGAUAAAUGCAUUCCUGCUCAGUAUAUAAGCAUUUCAUCUGUGUCAGUGUGAACACCAAUGUUAUCACCUGUAGGCUUUACAUGAGCUUUAUCCUGGGGCGAUACCGUGUUUGACCUAAAAUUUUGUUCCUUUAUAAAGUCAUUCAUUUUGCCAGAUUCUGAGAGUUUUUGUUGACAUUACAAAGAUGUUUAGAGGUUUGAUUGGAAGGAAGAAUGAUAACCUGCAGAAAAAAAUGUAAGUUUCAGCACCAAAAACAUUACUUUCUGAUCUUUAUUUGCACUUUGUGAGUGAAUUUUUUAGAGCAAACACGGUAUGUAAUAUCCCGUCAACUUCAUUCGUUAGUCAGAUAAUGGGGAUGAAUUUCCUACCUGUACAACAUCCACCUCAGUGGUUCUAGACCGCAUCAUGUACACCUGUGUACAUUAUCCAUGUAUGUAAAUUAUCAUAGAGUAACAGUUGACACAAGCAGUUCUUUGAAACAGAGAAAGUUUACUUCAUCAUUGUAGAUGAUUGGAUUAAUUCAGGGUGCGAGUGAGUUUACAUUUUUUUUCUUGAUGUGAAAAUUGGAAGAACAUGCCCUUUUUUUAUUCAUGGGAAAUACAUCACUCUGAUUUAUAGUAUUUGCUUUUACAUGAAACUUCAAGGCCAUUGAUGCAUUGCAUUCUUUGUUGAGAGACAAUUUACAACUCUGGUUACAUUUCUAGUGUUGUUGUUGAGAGACAGUUUACAACACAGGUGACAUUUCUAGUGUUGUUGUUGAGAGACAGUUUACAACACAGGUUACAUUUCUAGUGUUGUUGUUGAGAGACAGUUUACAACACAGGUUACAUUUCUAGUGUUGUUGUUGAGAGGCAGUUUACAACACAGGUGACAUUUCUAGUGUUGUUCCGGAAGUGUUGACAGCUAGCCACAGAAACAAAUCGUAUCCACCAUGAGAUGAUGUCCGUAUACACAGCUGCUAUAUAGUUAGGUGGUAUUUGUCUCGAGCGAGGCUUUUGACUGAACUACCAACAUUUAUGCCAAACUUGUGGGGGGCCUCCGUGGCUUAGUUGAGUAACGCGCUAGCACAGCCUAAUGACCAGGGCAUCACUGUGAGUUCAAGUCCAACUCUUGCUGGCUUCCUCUCCGGUCGUACGUGGGAAGGUCCUUCAGCAACCUGCGGAUGGUCGUGGGUUUCCCCCAGGCUCUUCCUGGUUUCCACCCACCAAAAUGCUGGCUGCCGUCGUAUAAGUGAAAUAUUCUUGAGUACGGUGUAAAACACCAAUCAAAUAAAUAAAUAAAUAAAUCUAAACUUGUAGCAACUACAGAAUUAAGUUGAGAUUUCCAAAAUUCUAAUUAGAUUCCCAGAUUACAUUCAAUGUCAAGCAAAAUUAUAUAAAACCCUCCAAAGGCACAAAAGGAAGCACAUCCAGUUAUUUAAUUGAACAUUAACAAUGUGACAGAUAAUUGAACAAUAACAAUGUGACAGAUAAUUGAACAUUAACAAUGCUACAGAUAAUUGAACAUUAACAAUGUGACAGAUAAUUGGUUUUUGAAAUUUCAUGGUAAUAAGAAAAAAUAAUUUGAAGUGGUGUUGAACUCAGUUCCCUGUUGACCUUCAUUUGAGGCACACAAUAUUUUUUGACUUUCAAUAAAACCAAAUUUUUUUUUAUUAUUUUCAAGUAACAAUCCCAUAAAUAAUGCUUGCCAACUUUUGGCUUUUGGCCAAGAUAUGAUAAUAUACAGAGUCUUAGUGAUAAUAUUUCAUUUGAUCCGUUUUGUGUAAGAUGAUGUAGUUGGAUGAAUACAGCUUGUCAGCUACUUGAGGUGUAUCCUCAUUCACUUUACAUGGCAACAACCAUAUCUUCAUCUACUUUCAGUUAUAUAAUGUCUAAUGACACUUCAUCUGUUUUGUUCUCCAAAUUGUCUGGAUGUUAGGAAGUAUUAAGAGAGUUGUAAGUAAAUAUUGGUUUUAUCAUUGUUUCUUGUUGUUUCUUUUAUUUUUGCUAUCUAGGUACUGAGCUUGUCGCUCGUUUUCAAUCAAGGAGGUGCAAGUAAUAAAGUGAACAGUCCAUGGUAAACAAUAAGUAAGAGGUCCAGUUAAUCUGUCCCCAUAUUGCUUUGUGCCCAUAUUACUUUGUGCACAUAUUUGUGCCUUUCGUCAUCGUAGUUUUCCCAUGAUAAAGAUUGACUGCGGCUUUCUUUCUUCUGGUAAACACAUGAAGUUCUCAUUUAUUUUGCAGUGGAUAGGUUUUGUCAAGAGAGACUCACUAAAUGUUGAGUCCAGUGGAAACUCAAAAUUUCAUGUGCUUUUGUUACCAUGUAUGGGAUCAGUAAAUAGGUGUUGAUUUUAUAUAGCUGUGUUGUUUUUGAUUUUUAUAAGCUCUGUCUCCAGAUUAAUUUUUUGCAUAUAAACUGGUAGCUUAGAUAGUUAAAGCACAGGCUGGCUGCAACCAUCAGGCACUCCACCAGAAAGGGAUUUGUGUGAUACCUGGCCAAGUUUGGCACUUUACUUUCGGCGCUCCAGUUUCGCCGUCAUACAAAUG